AUGGAGGCCAGAGAAGGAAGAGCUGGGAAUGCUUUUGCAUGCGAAAGAUGCCGGAAACACAAAGUACGCUGUGUUCCAUCAGGAACUGCUGGUAUCUGUCAAAGGUGUCAGAAGGCCCGCGUUGAAUGUAUUGAACAUGUUGCACGCAGAAGGCCAGCCAAAUCCAGGAACGAUGGCCAGGCACCUAACAGAAUGCGCGAUCUUGAUAAGAAGCUCGACAAACUGUCUACUAUUGUCACAACCAUGACGCCUUCUUCGCCUCAGUAUACCUUGCCCUCGGUAGACACGCUUUCCUUACAAGGUACGGAGCCCUUUCAGCAAACUCCGACAGCAUCUGCCCCUCGACCAGCUUCUACACCGCCCGUUACCAAAACUCUCAUCCUCCCAGCUCCCGGGCCUACUUCCGAGGGCUUUCUACCUUUCUGGGAGUCUAUGAACGACUCUUUGGCGUGCCUUGGGCGACUAGAUCCCGUCAUUCGAUCCAUUAGUCUAGUGCACAUGCAGAUAUUGCUUGAUAUCUACCGGAACAUGGUUGACUACUUCCCGUUCGUAGCAUUGCCGAAAGACUGCUUCUGCCGAGAUCUUUUGGAGCACCGUCCGAUGUUAAUGUUUGCCGUGCUGACAGUUGCAUCCUACGACUCGGUACUCCUACAAUUGACCCUGAGCCGCGAAUUUCGAAAAGUAGUCAUGGUCAAAAUAAUGAAUGGCGAAAAGAAUUUGGAUCUACUCCAGGGGCUCUUGGUCUUCAUAGCUUGGCACCACCAUUACAUGGACGCUCAGGCUGUUUCUGUUCACAUGCUCCUUCAGCUGUGCGUAGGUUUAGCAAGCGAUUUAGGCUUAGACCGCAUAUCGACCACUGCGAGUCCCUUGCAGAAAGACUACCCAAGAGACAGGGAAGCAAAGCGGGCCUAUCUGGGAUGCUACUACCUGGCAAGCAACAUUGCCUUGAUGGAACAAGGCAGAGCACGGUUUAUGUCCUAUUCAAGCACACUUCGGAGCUAUGCAUCAGAGCUAGCAUUGACUUGGGAGCAUAAUACAGACGCUGUUAUUCCUAUUUUACUUAACGUUUGUCAAUUCAUGGAGGACGUUGAGGAAACCUUUCGCAAUCAAACCGAACAGGCCCUAGUCGCUCGCUCUCAAGUCAAACGACUGAGCGACAAAUGGGAAAGCAUCAGAAUUACUUCUAAGCUUCAGGCGAACGAUUUCAGGACGCUACAGUGGAUCCAAUUUGCAGCGAGAGUAUAUCUUUACAAGACGACUACCUCCAUUGAGCUUGCAGACCGAGAAAGCACGCCGUGGGCUUCUGGCUUUCAACUUUCACUGCGGGUAACGUACCUUCGCUCGAUUGAACAGUUUCUUGAUAGUAGCACGAAGCUCCCUUCAUGCCAGUACGAGUUUUUGUCCUUGGUCGACUGGCUCAACCUGGUCGUGAUAACUACUAAUCUCAGCAAAAUGGCACUAUAUACCUCCCCAAUGCCAGGAUGGGACCCAACUGAACUGCAGAUUGCCAGGUCGUUUGACUACUUUCGUGAUCAGCUCUCAUCGCAGAUGCCUCACCCACGCGACACCCAAGAGAGCAGUGAGGACAUUUUUGAGCGUUUUCGCCGCAUUACAGCAGUCAUGAAGACAGCACUACGGAAUACGCCCAGUCGAGGAAGCCCUAUCUGUAGCUCCUUCGAGCUUGCGAGGGGUUCGGGACGAACAGUGUCAUUGUUGCAAGACCUACCGUUACCCAGACCUAAUUGCUUAGCCAAUAGAGCGGAUAAACUUCCGAGUAUGUGGAUGCUCAGUCCUUCGUUCGAUAUGAGCAGCAACGAGUUUCACUGGCGAUUUUUGAUGGGCACUGUUUAA